GUGAUGGACCAACCAAUACUUCUGCUGAUACAACUGUACAAUUGGAAUAUGAAGAUGACUUGAGCCAAGGACAAGGUGAUGGACCAACCAAUACUUCUGCUGAUACAACUGUACAAUUGAUUAUGAAGAUGACUUGAGCCAAGGACAAGGUGAUGGACCAACCAGUACUUCUGCUGAUACAACUGAUCAAUUGGAUUAUGAAGAUGACUUGAGCCAAGGACAAGGUGAUGGACCAACCAGUAGUUCUCCAGAUAAAACUGUACAAUUGAUUAUGAAAAUGACUUGAGUCAAGGACAAGGUGAUGGACCAACCAAUACUUCUGCUGAUACAACUGUACAAUUGGAAUAUGAAGAUGACUUGAGCCAAGGACAAGGUGAUGGACCAACCAGUACUUCUCCUUAUACAACUGUACAAUUGGAAUAUGAAGAUGACUUGAGCCAAGGACAAGGUGAUGGACCAACCAGUAGUUCUCCUGAUACAUCAGGACAGUGUGAGGAUGAAGGAGAAAGCAGGGCAAGCAAGACAGAAGGUCCUGAAAAGGUAGAUAAUAAGAGUCUGUUCAAUGAAAACCUUGAUGAUAGAGCAAGCCAUACAGAAUUUGGUUCCGCAAACAGAGAGAUCCAGGCAGCAGAUCAAAGAAAUGGUAUUACUCAUGGAGAGGAUGAAGGAGUAAACUGUUCAAAUGUUAUGCCAGAGAAGAACGAGAUCAAGGUUUACGGUAAAUGAAGAACCUCUUGGGAUAAAUCAAAAAGCUAUUUUACUCGACACAGCAGAGAGCAAAGUAUUUGUUAAGCAGGGACAGGUCAACAAAGAACAAGAUGAUGAGGGAAGAUGCAGUCUAGAUGUUAUCCCAGCCAUUAUACAUUCAAACGUAAGUCAACUUGGCAAUGAUGGGACCAGUGACAAGCAGUCUCAACCUGAGGUAUCUGGUGUUAAGUCCAAAAUAUAUCAGAAGAUUGAAAUUCCAGCCAAACCAGAAAAGAAUUAUCCUUCUGGUAUCACAGAAGGUAACAAGAUGCAAGCUGCCAGAAUAGCAAAGCCAGAGCACAAUCCCAUGCUGCCAAAGACUGAACAUGUUUCAAAGGAAGAUGGUGACAUUUGUAAGAUAUCUCAAGGUAAAUGCCCACUCAAUACAGCACCAGGAGUUCCUUCAGAAGUAGCUCCAAGACAACUGAUAGAUUGUACAGAAAAGGAAAUGAGAGGCCCUAUAUCAGUGGGUGAAACUACUGAUGAUGAUACUGAGGACUCAAAUGAGUCCAGCUCAGGAUCUAAUACAUUAACUGGGUCUGAUGCUUCUAAUAUCACUGUAGUAUCAAGAAAGCCAGAUUCACCCACCACAUGUGUGAAAGUAGAGAAAUGGCUACAAACCUGUGAUAAAAGUCAGCCAAAGUCUCUGAGAGUAGAUACAGAUGAUGUCACUUCUAAGACAGACAAUAAUACAGAACAAUAUACCAAGGACAUGACAGUGCCAUGUGAAGGUAAUCACUCUGAAGAUGUUCCAGCAGAUUUGAAGAUGGAUAGUUUGCAGAAUGGACAACUUACUCCAAGCACCACUGAGGAAGAGAACUACUCCAUAGAAAAGUCUACAACUGUUGCUGUUGAUGAAGUCAAACAAAAGGAUAAAGCUAUUUGUACACUAAAUGAUAGCCAUUCUUCUGAUCCUGUUCUUGAUGCUGACAGACCAUGUAGUACUACUGAUCAUUCCAACAAGAAUAAGGAACAAACUAUGAAGCAGGCUGAUCAUAUAGAUAUCCCAGAUCAUACAGAUGACAUUGCUUAUAGAGAAAUCAGUAACGGAAAGAAACAUGUUGUGAGCUCAGUCGAUGUAACAGCAUGUGACAAAUCCACAAGCAAAGACACUGUAAAAAACGAAAACAAAACAGAUGUGUUUUCCAGUGCGGGAUGUGAAACUGUUGCCAGGGAAAGCAAUGCAAUUGCCACUUUUGAAGAAAGAAUUCCUGAAAACACAGGUGUUCCAUCCCAAGAGCCAACCAAUAAAAACAAACGAAAGACUCGGAAAAAGAAGAAAAAGAAGAAGACGAUGGCCACUGACAAGCAAACAUCUGAAGCUACACUAGAAAAUGAUGGCCAUGGAAUGAAUAUAAACAACGAGAAUGUUGACAAAGAAAAAUCAGUUAUUUCUGAAACGCCUCAAGAGGAAAAGAUAAAAAUGGUGAAAUCUGUGGCGGAAAGACCAGUCUUGACAGUUUCAGAAUGCAAAUCAGAUAUUUUGGAAAUGAUUCAAAAUUCCAGCUGUUCCAUUUUGGAGAGCAUCAGUGCAGCUACAGAGUAUGGACUGGCUGAAAACACAGAUUCUAGAAAGGAGGAGGCUGAAACUGCAGGAGAGGAGAGGGGAGGGGAUGAUAUGGGAAUUCUAGAUGAUGUUGAGGAUAAUGAGGGUAUGGAAUUUAAACCAGACCACUUUGAUAACUUACCAUGGGAAGUAGAGUUCACAGCUGAUGCUUGGAAACAUCUCAGGAGCAAGAGUGUACAAAUGAGACUUAAGCAAAGGGCUGUAAAGAUUAUCACAGAACUAGCAAAUGGAAACUGGAGGCCAGAAUCUUACAAACCUGCCAGCACUAGUACAACAAAUAUUUUUACAUCAGAACUGUCCAAAACCACUUCACUAAUAUGGGAGAAAGCUGUUGCAUUUUCAGGACGUUGCAGCGAUUCUCCAAGUAAAAGAAUGCAGAAUGAGGAUGAUGGAAACUUUGCCGUUAAAGGUGGCCGAAUUUACACACAGAUCAUUAGAGUGUGGGAUAUUGUCUCCAGUGAUGAUGAUAUUCAGACACUGUUGGGUUCAAUAAGAACGUCAUAUAAGAGAGGGAAAAUGUCACUGUUGACAAGAAACUUGCAAGGUUUAGAGAGAUCCCAUCAUACAGACAAACAGAAACAGCUUCCAUUACUUUUUGCAGAACAAGAUAUGAGGGUACAAGAAACAAUCACUUGCAUGUUCUUUCCCCAGCAAGUCCAGAUCCAAGGGAAUAUCAUAUCCUCAAGUUCUAUGCAUUUACAUCUGCCUUAG